AUGUCUUUAGAGAUUGUUUCUAAGAUUAUUGAUCUGAUUAAAGGUCAAGUGUUUGUUACCAAACUGACCAAAUCAGAAUCAUCUAUCUUUAAAGAUUCUAUUGAAGUUACUGAAAAUGAUUCAUAUUCUUUGAUAAAUGAUUAUUUAGCUGCUAAAGAUAAUGAAGAUGAAAUCUUUACUAUUGUCACCAAUGGUAAGAAUCUUUUCAAAAAUUUACCAAUCUUAUCAUCAGAUAAUUUUAACAAUAAUAAAAUUGUUAAUCAUAUUGAAUUAACUAAUUUUGAUUUCCAAAUCAUAACUUCAUUAAGAGACUUAUCAAAACCUAUCUUAAUAUCACAAAAUUCUCAAGAUUUAAUAGCUAAUACUAAAGUUUGUUACAAUUUAGCUAAGAAAUUAAACACUUCAGUUUAUCAUUUUAUUAUACCAUUUACUUUUAAAAGUAUUCCAAAUGUUAAAACCAAUGAUUUAUGGUUAAAAGAUGAAGAUUUAACUUUAGAAAUUGAAGAAAUCUUAUAUAAAUAUAACUUAUUACCAUUUAAAUCAUUAAAUAAUAAGAAAGUUAAAAAUGCUAAAGAUUUAGUGGUUUAUUUAGGUUUAAUCAAUGAUGAUUUAGUUGAAAAUUUCUCCAGACAAAAUGUUUUAGUGAUUUCAAUUAACUUAUAUAAACCUUUUAAAUUACCUUAUUUAUUAGCUUUAUUACCUUCAACCAUUGAAACUUUAACUUUAGUUCAACAAACUACAAGUACUAAUUUACCUUCAUUUUCACCAUUAUUAUUAGAUUUCUUUCAAGAUUAUUCUCAAUAUCAAUCUAUGAAGAAUUUCAAUAAAAUAGUUUCAUGUUAUUUUGGUUAUAGUAAAGAUAUUUCAAAAUCCAUUGAUAAUUUGAUUAUAAAUACCAGAUCAGAAAACCCCGUUCAAAAUUUAACUUUUGGUAAAGUUGGUAUUGAAUUAUCAACUAAAUCUGAACAAGAAAAAAUCAAUAAUAAAUCCGAACUUGUUUCUAAAGUUCUUAACUUAGAACAACCAUAUUUGGAAUUAUUAAAUCAAGUUAAUGAUCAAUCAAUUAUUUUGAAUGAAUUUAAUAAUGAAAAAAUUCAACUGAAUAAUCCAGAAUUUGGAUUUGGGAAAUUUUUAUCCAUUCAAACCAACAUUAGUAAAUUAACUGAUUUAAUUUAUGAAUCAAUUCAAGCCAAUAAAUUCAAUUCUAUUGAUAAUAACAAAUUAUUAAAUGAUUUAUCUAAUUGGUUAAGUUCAAAAUUAUCCGUUGAAGAAGUACCCAAAUUAAUUGAAUUACUUGAAUCAGAUAAAUCUGAAUUUGGUAGUAAAAUAUUGGACCAAAAACAUUUAUUAAGUCAAAAAUUAUCAUCAAAUUGGUUAAUUGGAUCUGAUUCUUGGUCUUAUGAUUUAGGAUCUUCAGGUGUUCAUAAUUUAAUUUCAAGUGGUAAAAAUUGUAAUAUGUUAAUCAUUGAUAACGAUCCUUAUGAUAAUAAGAAAUUACAAUCCAAAACCAUUAAUGGAUACCGUAAAAAGGAUGUUGGUUUAUAUGCCAUGAAUUAUGGUAAUUGUUAUGUUGCAUCAGUUGCUAUUUAUUCUUCAUAUACUCAAGUUUUACAAGCUUUUAUUGAAGCUGAAAAAUUCGAUGGUCCUUCUAUUAUUUUAGCUUAUUUACCUUUUAAUUCCGAACUUGAUGAUACUUUAUCAAUUUUGAAAGAAACCAAAAAAGCCGUUGAUAUUGGUUAUUGGCCAUUAUACCGUUAUAAUCCAUUAUUAGAUGAUGAAAAAUUAAAAUUCAAAUUAGAUUCUGCCAAUAUCAGAAGUCAAUUGAAAGAUUUCUUAGAUAGAGAAAACAGAUUAAGUUUAUUAACUUAUAAAAAUCCUCAAUUAACUAGAAAUUUAGCUAAUAAUGGUAAUAGUGAAAAGACUUUACAACAAAUUAAAAAAUCUGAUGAAAGUUAUCAAAAAUUAUUAGCUGGAUUAUCUGGACCUCCAUUAACUAUUGCUUUUGCUACUGAUGGUGGUACUGCUCAAGGUGUUGCUAAAAAAAUCAAUCGUCAAGCUUUAGGUAGAGGUUUAAAAUCAAUUGUUGUUGAAUUAGAUGAUAUUUCAGUUGAAGAUUUAUCAAAUGAAACUAAUUUAAUCAUUGUUGUAUCAACUACUGGUCAAGGUGAAAUUCCUUUGAAUGGUAGAACUUUCUGGGAAAAUUUCAAAGAUGCUAAUGAUUUAGAUUUAUCAACAUUGAAAUUUUCAGUGUUUGGUUUAGGUGAUUCAGAUUAUUGGCCAAGAAAGGAAGAUGCUCAUUAUUAUAAUAAACCAAGUAAAGAUUUAUACAGUAAAUUCAAAUUAUAUGGAGGGGUUGAAUUAGCUGAUUUAGGUUUAGGUGAUGAUCAAGGAGCUGAUGGUUUUAAUACUGGAUUAAAUGAAUGGUUACCAAAAAUUUGGAAAUCUUUAGGUGUUGAUGGGGUUGAUGGUGUUGAAGAACCAAAACCUAUUACUAAUGAAGAUAUGAAAAUUGGAUCUGAUUUCUUAAGAGGUACUAUUGCUGAAGGUUUAAGAGAUGAUUCAACUGGUGCUAUUUCAGCUGUUGAUCAACAAUUAACUAAAUUCCAUGGUAUUUAUAUGCAAGAUGAUCGUGAUAUUAGAGAAGAAAGAAAAGCUCAAGGUUUAGAACCUGCUUAUGCUUUUAUGGUAAGAUUAAGAUUACCUGGGGGUAAAGCAACUCCUGAACAAUAUCUUAAAAUGGAUGAAUUAGCUGAUGAUAAAGGUAAUGGUACUAUUAAAUUAACUACUAGAGCUACUUUCCAAUUACAUGGUAUUGUGAAACAUAAAUUAAAACCUGCUAUUAGAGGUAUGAAUUCCGUAUUAUUAGAUACUUUAGCUGCUUGUGGUGAUGUUAAUAGAAAUGUUAUGAUUAGUGCUUUACCUCAUAAUGCUAAAGUUCAUGGUCAAAUGAGUAAAAUUGGUACUUUAAUUUCUGAUCAUUUAUUACCUGAAACUACUGCUUAUCAUGAAAUUUGGUUAGAAGGUGCUGAUGAUGCCGAUAAACCAGGUUAUGUUGAAGCUUUUGCUGGUAGAAAAGAUGGUCCAAAAAAGAAGAAAACUUUAGUAAGUGGAUCUGCUUUAGUUGAUCAUGAACCUUUAUAUGGACCAACUUAUUUACCCCGUAAAUUUAAAAUUGUUAUGACUGUUCCUCCUUAUAAUGAUGUUGAUGUUUAUGCUCAUGAUAUUGGUUUAAUUGCUAUUGUUGAAGAUAAUGAAGUUUUAGGUUUCAAUGUUUUAGCUGGUGGUGGUAUGGGUUCAACUCAUAAUAACAAAAAGACUUAUCCAAGAACUGGUUCAAUGUUAGGUUAUGUAGAUAAAUCUCAAGUUCAUAUUGUUUGUGAAAAGAUUAUGUUGGUUCAAAGAGAUUUUGGUGACAGAACUAAUAGAAAACAUGCUAGAUUGAAAUAUACUAUGGAUGAUUUAGGUGUUGAUGUUUUCAAAGGUAAAGUUGAAGAUUUAUUAGGUUAUAAACUUGAAGAACCAAAACCUUUUGAAAUUACUUCAAAUAUUGAUUAUUUCGGUUGGUGUAAAGAUGAAACUGGAUUAAAUCAUUUCACUGCAUUUAUUGAAAAUGGUAGAAUUGAAGAUACUACUAAAUUACCACAAAAAUCCGGGUUAAAAGCUAUUGCUCAUUAUUUAACUGGUAAAUCUGGUGAAUUUAGAUUAACUGGUAAUCAACAUUUAGUCAUUUCAAAUAUUACUGAUGAUGACUUGAUGGAAGUUAAAAACUUAUUGGCUAAAUACAAAUUAGAUAAUACUGAUUUUUCAGGUCUUAGAUUAUCAUCAGCUGCUUGUGUUGCUUUCCCAACUUGUGGUUUAGCCUUUGCUGAAAGUGAAAGAUAUUUACCUAAAUUAAUCGAUCAAUUAGAAGGUGCUUUAGAAGAAUAUGGUUUAAGACACGAUUCUAUUGUUAUGAGAAUGACUGGUUGUGCCAAUGGUUGUGCUAGACCUUGGGUUGCUGAAGUUGCUUUAGUUGGUAAAGCUUACGGAGCUUAUAAUUUAAUGUUGGGUGGAGGUCAUCAUGGUGAAAGAUUAAAUAAAAUUUACCGUUAUUCAAUCAAAGAAGAUGAAAUUUUGAGUAUUUUGAAACCAUUGUUCAAAAGAUGGAGUUUAGAAAGAAAUGAAGGUGAACCUUUCGGUGAUUUCGUUAUUAGAACUGGGGUUAUCAAACCUACUUUAGAAGGUAAAUACUUCCAUGAAGGUAUUCCUGAAGAUGCUUAG